AUGGGUGGCUAUUGCCGUGAUCUUGCGGCAACAAGUGAGGCCCCACGGGGAGCCCCUGGCGUCAAGACCAGUGCAGGAUCCGACCGCGGGGGAGCCCUAGACAUAAGUCUGGUGGCAGAUGUGCCACGCGAGGGCUCAGAUCUGGCGCCGCCGGGACUGGAUCCGGUGCCCCCAUGGCAGGAUUCGUCAAGCCCCUGGCCGGAUCUGGAGACGGCGUGUGAUCUCCGCUUGCGGGCGGAGGCGCAGCGCAGAGGCGGCUGGAUCCCUAUCAGUUCCUCCACUGCCACAUCCGCCUGUGGGAUGAAUGAGCCGCUACUGCCGGAGUUCUCGGUUGGCAGCCAUGGCUGCUGCGUGACCUCGGUCUCCGGCGCAGGGUGGGCCGUGGGUGGUCGCAGCUGCCGGUGGUGGCAAGUAGGGGGUGACGCAUUCGGCCGCGCCGGCGCUUCCAUGCACCUUGGUCUCCAGCUUCCUCCUCAUCAUCGAACUACCCUAGAAGCUAGGAAGGGUGUUGGCAAGGCUUUUAUCACUGCCUUCCACUCUGGCGCUGUUAUGGGUUUCCUGCUUGCAUCAAGUGGGCCUGUGGUUCUGUAUAUGACCAUUAAUGUAUUUAAGUUGUAUUACGGUGAUGACUGGGAGGGUCUUUUUGAGUCCAUCACUGGUUAUGGCCUUGGUGGGUCAUCCAUGGCUCUCUUCGGAAGAGUUGGUGGAGGCAUCUACACAAAGGCUGCUGAUGUUGGUGCCAAUCUUGUUGGAAAGGUCGAGAGGAACAUUCCUGAGGAUGAUCCUAGGAACCCAGCUGUGAUUGCUGAUAAUGUCGGUGACAAUGUUGGUGACAUUGCUGGAAUGGGAUCUGAUCUCUUUGGGUCAUAUGCUGAGUCUUCCUGUGCUGCCCUUGUUGUUGCGUCUAUUCCAUCUUUCGGAAUUGACCAUGAUUUCACUGGGAUGUGCUACCCACUCCUUGUUACCUCUGUUGGUAUCAUCGUCUGCUUAAUCACCACCCUUUUUGCUACUGAUUUCUUUGAAGUCAAGGCUGUGAAGGAAAUUGAGCCUGCACUUAAGAAGCAGCUCAUCAUCUCCACCACCCUGAUGACUGUUGGUAUUGCUGUAAUCAGCUGGUUGGCCCUUCCAGCUAAGUUCACCUUCUACAACUUCGGUACUCAGAAGGAGGUCUCCAACUGGGGCUUGUUCUUCUGUGUUGCAAUUGGUCUGUGGGCUGGUCUGAUUAUUGGUUUUGUCACAGAAUACUACACUAGCAAUGCAUACAGUCCUGUGCAAGAUGUCGCCGAUUCGUGCAGAACUGGUGCUGCCACUAAUGUCAUUUUUGGUCUCGCUCUUGGAUACAAGUCGGUUAUCAUCCCGAUUUUCGCUAUCGCUAUUAGCAUCUAUGUCAGUUUCUCCAUUGCUGCAAUGUACGGCAUCGCAGUUGCCGCUCUUGGUAUGCUGAGCACAAUAGCAACUGGUCUUGCUAUUGAUGCUUAUGGUCCCAUCAGUGACAAUGCUGGUGGUAUUGCUGAGAUGGCUGGAAUGAGCCACAGAAUCCGUGAGAGAACUGAUGCUCUUGAUGCUGCUGGCAACACAACUGCUGCUAUUGGAAAGGGAUUUGCCAUUGGUUCAGCUACUCUUGUGUCCCUGGCGCUUUUUGGCGCCUUCGUCAGCAGAGCUGGAGUGACGGUUGUCGAUGUCCUCUCCCUGAAGGUUUUCAUUGGUUUGAUUGUUGGAGCCAUGCUUCCCUACUGGUUCUCUGCCAUGACCAUGAAGAGUGUUGGAAGUGCCGCCCUGAAGAUGAUGGAGGAGGUCCGCAGGCAGUUCAACACCAUUCCUGGGAUAAUGGAGGGAAGUGCGAAGCCCGACUAUGCAACCUAUGUGAAGAUCUCCACUGAUGCUUCCAUCAAGGAGAUGAUUCCUCUGGGUGCUCUGGUCAUGCUCACUCCCCUCAUUGUUGGAACCCUCUUCGGUGUUGAGACUCUUUCUGGCGUUCUUGCUGGUGCCCUGGUUUCUAGAGUGCAGAUUGCCAUCUCUGCUUCCAACACCGGUGGUGCAUGGGACAAUGCCAAGAAGUACAUUGAGGCUGGUGCCAGCGAGCACGCGAGGACCCUUGGCCCCAAGGGAUCUGACUGCCACAUGGCUGUUGUGAUCGGUGACACCAUUGGUGACCCCCUGAAGGACACCUCGGGCCCGUCCCUCAACAUCCUCAUCAAGCUCAUGGCCGUGGAGUCCCUCGUGUUUGCCCCCUUCUUCGCCACCCAAGGUGGCAUUCUGUUCAAGUAUCUGUAA